GCCAUGUGUGCUGUGGGCGUCUCGGGUGCUCCAGGCAGGCUAACGAACCGUAUAAAAGUGCUCAACCCCAGCACUGCUCCAUGCACUUCUCUGGACUUCUCCUCCUCGCUGAACUGAGUGUAGCUCCUUUGCAGAAAGAUGUCUUUCAACCGCCAGCUGCUCAGCUCCCGCUGCUACAACCCCUGUGAGGUGACCUGCCCUCAGCCAUACGCCAAUGCCUGGAACGAGCCCUGCGUCACGUCCUGCGGUGACUCCAGAGCCGUGGUCUACCCACCCCCAGUGGUCAUCACCUUCCCAGGACCCAUCCUCAGCUCCUGCCCCCAGGAGAGCUACGUGGGCACCUCAGAGCCGCUCCAGAUCGGCAGCUCCUUUGUCUCCAGGGGCUCUGUUGGGUCCGGGAGCUCCUUAGGAUGCCUGUCCCCUUACUAUUCCCAGCGGUACAAUAAGUACCGCUAUGACAACUGCGGGUCCUGUUAAACCCAACAGGAAAACCCAAAG